CUUGCAAAUAUGUCUCAAGUCAGACCUCGUUCGCAAAGACCUAUGCUGACACAGGAGCAACUGAAAAAGAAGCUGGAAGUCACCAAUUUCGAUCCAAAUGCCAUCCUUCGAGGUGCACAACUUACUGUCGUUGGAGCUCUGAGAGCAUUGCAGAAUCCUGCACUCUUUACUUCCGAGCAUUACAAACAAGCUGCUCUAGCUGUCGCAGCUGGCAUUGCUAUCCGGCUUGCCAUCAGUAUUCCAAUAAUCGGGAUCAAGGUUCUCUUAUGGUUUCUGUCCUUUAUCUUCAAUUUCGAGCAUUCUACUUGGGACGAUAAGAUUGUCAACGGCCUUGACUUCAUCUCCGAGUAUGUGUUGCAGGUUCCUUUGUUUCUCAUGACGAUGAUGAGACAUGUUACACCAACUCUUGAUAACAUUCCUCCACUACACUCUUCGAAAUUCCGCUCACAUCCGUUUCGAUUGGCAUGGGUGGAUGAAACCUAUUACAAGAAGCACGAAGGAGAAGACCCUUCUACCCUACGAGAAACAUACUACCCAAACCUGCGAAAAUAUGCGACUAGAGAUGGCAGCACCCACUCAAAGAGUACAGCAGAAGCCCUCACAAUGUUCCUGAUGCGGUUUGGGAAGAAGGCAGGACUGUCGCUAGCAGUCUUUACUCUUUCAUAUAUCCCGUAUAUCGGACGACUCGUCCUUCCCGCGGCAAGUUUCUAUACUUUCCAGAAUGUGGUUGGUCUGGGUCCAGCAGGCAUCAUUUUCGGAACAGGCAUUUUCUUGCCUCGAAGAUACCUCAUUAUCUUCUUGCAGAGCUACUUUGCCUCGAGAAGUUUGAUGAGAGAAUUGCUCGAGCCGUACUUUUCUCGAAUUCGAUUCAACAAAGAGCAGAAGAAGCAUUGGUUUCAUGAUCGGGAAGGUCUUCUCUUCGGAUUUGGAGUUGGGUUCUACAUCUUCCUUCGCAUUCCUCUGCUCGGCGUCCUCAUCUAUGGAAUCGCUGAAGCAUCAACGGCCUAUCUCAUUACAAAGAUCACCGACCCCCCACCACCUCCAAACCAAAGUGAAGGCUUUGCUGCAAGCCAACAAGAAUGGCGGAACAAGCAUGAAUUUCUGAGUGUCAAGCUUUGGGAUCUGGACACAAAUCACAAUCAUGGGUUGAGUCAAGCUACCCCGAACCCGGCCAACACACAAGGAACGUCCUCCAGCAUACCGUCCGAACCACCGCCUCCAUAUACAGAGAUGAGAUCUAGAUAAAAGGCACUAGUACUCGGUGCAGAUUAUAUCUUCUAAAUCAAAAGUACUGACGUCAGCUACGACAGCGACGAUGUUAUGACAGCUAGAAAGCAGUUCAUGUACAUAAUGAUUAGCCGUCACUGCAAUCUGCAACAGCAAUGCCGAGCAUACUCCAUAUCGGUACCCCUUGGGUCUGGAAUCAAACCCCGCAUCCAGUAAAUGUGGUUGGUAGUUGGGUGCAUAUCUCGAUCAGCGUCAUGCUAAAGAGGGGCAGAGGUCCGGCCGAUAAGGAGCUUCUUAUCGCGUCCCACUUUACAUCCCCAUUCGCUCUUGGUUACACGUACAUGACCAAUUGUACAUUGCGGGGUCUAGAAAAUCAAUCGA